CCUCUUCCUCCACCCAUCUCACUGAACCUCUCGUCCCUCGUUUCUCCAGGUUUCCCUCUGCGUUUUGCGGAUGGCACCACAGCAGUCUCCUGCCAAAUACUCAUAUGUCGUUACUUCGGUUGGCCCAAGAAUCCUGCCCGUGGAGGAGCCCCCGUGCAAGGACGAGGAGAGUCCAGCAGAUUACAACGCAGGAGGAUAUCUACCUGUCAAGCUCAACGACACUUUCAAGAAUAAUAGAUACAGGGUCAUAAGGAAACUUGGCUGGGGUCAUUUCUCGACUGUAUGGCUCGUCAAAGACGCCCACCUUCAACGUCACUCUGCUCUCAAGGUUGUCAAGUCUGCUGCACGAUAUGCGGAAACCGCGAGAGACGAGAUUAAACUUCUUUCUCAGGUCGCAUCGUUUUCACCAACCCAUCCAGGCCGCCAGCACCUUGUCUCCUUUCUUGACUCAUUCUCCCACCAAGGACCAGAGGCCUCCCAUAUAUGCAUCGUAUUCGAGCCUCUUGGUGAGAACCUCUUGGCGUUGAUAGAACGUAACAAGAAGCACGGAGUAUCGCGCGCGCUCGUCAAGGUCAUCACCAGGCAAAUUCUUCUCGGCCUCCAGUAUCUCCAUGACGAAUGCGACUUGGUUCACACCGACAUCAAACCAGAGAAUAUUCUAAUUUCCAUUCCUGACAUUGAAACCCACAUCUCCACCGAGUUAUCACAGUCGCCUUCACCGACUUCCCGCCGGGUCGGUGUCCCUCUACCGUCUAAUAUCCGCUCAGGUCUUGUUAUACGGAAUCAACGAUCUACUCGUCGCUCCGUUCAGAUAUUUGACUCUCAGCCCCUCUCAAGUCCCUCAAGGAGCGUUGGCAUCCAUGGAUUGAGCAUGAGCUUUGGAGCACUAAAUGGCUGUCAAGGUGGCAGUGGGAGCGGCCUCAAUAGUGCCAACGGAAGUUUCGCCGGGCCGUCACCACUGGCACAACGAUCUGCUGAUCUACGCAACGGUGCUGGUCUCACGAACAGCGCUCCGAAAGUCCCUAGUGGGCUAUCCACAUCUGUACCACCGAACGAUUCUCCUGAUGAUCCGGACGGAAGCAAAUCGACCGCCGUAUCCUCCCAGAAGCCUAAUCCUCUGCCUAAUUCCCCAUCUACAUCGUCAUCGUCAUCGUCAUCAUCAAUGGCAUCAACUUCUGCCUCGGGUUCGACUGAUGCAGUGUCCUGCAGUAUUAUCAGUACACCCCCAACUUCCUUGUCACAUUCUAUUGGUGCUGUUGCCCUUGGGCUUCUAGGACAGAAACAUCGUGUCAAGGUCGACGUUUCUCCUUCAGAAGACAGCGAUGGUGAAUGUCAGGACAUUGUUAAUGGUGUCCCUAUCGCGGCAUGCGAGCACAAGGAUGCCACAAAUGCUGCCGACAUCCCUUUGUCGUCAUGGAAAGACAAACUGGGUACGUAUGGUUCAUGGAAGGAGAAGGCGUCUUGCUCGUUCUUGUCAUCAUACAAAUCAUCAAUAGCGUCUGGACUCGGCCAUUCACGGCCGAAUUCAGGCUUGUCUGUCUCUGGAUCCUGGAAAGAUCCCGGGCUGUCAUCUCCUGCUCCUGCUGUUGUUGUAUCAACUUCAGUCAUGGCGAACGGGAAAGAGGAACGAGGAGAAUAUUUCCAUCUGUCAUCACCAAACAGCACAAGUUGGGGAGCACUGAGCACCAAGUCCUGUAGUUCUUCCAACACAGCUACCGUUGCUCGACCUUCACCGACUGGCACGAUACAUGCUGACGAAUGUAAACUAUCUCUUGUCUCUUCUGAUUCGGGAGCAUCUUCGACUCAUUUACCGUACCCUGCUGUUGUUUCUCAUGACAGUGACUCCUCCUCAACCUUACUUUGGCCUGUUGGCAACAAAACCUCUGGCCCCUCCCUUCUUUCCCAGACUGCUCCACGUCGCAGUAAAGUUGCUUCAUCUUCCAUACCGCCCCGAUCUGUUGACUUUCAUCAUGCGCCAUCAAUAAAGAAAUCAUCACCUCCACCUAUCUCAAUAUCGUUCACAGACAUCACGCCCCUGGCUUCUCCUGCUGUGCCUCCCCCGACACCCAGUUCUCCGACGGCCCUUUCUACUCAGAUUCCUUCACCACUACCUCGAAUAGAAACAUCACAGGCUCCUCAGCCUAUGGACAUCCCUUCAGUACACUCAGCAGAGGCUUCUCUUCUGCCGCCAUUAUCAAUAAAGAUUGCGGAUUUAGGAAAUGCAACACCGUCCAAGAAGCACUUUACGGAGGAUAUACAGACACGGCAAUAUAGAGCACCUGAGGCAAUUUUUGGACGGAAAGAUUGGGAUGUUACUGCUGAUAUAUGGAGCGUAGCUUGUGUGGUGUUUGAGCUUUUGACGGCUGAAUAUCUCUUUGAUCCCCAGGGUCAAGGCGAGUUGUUUACCAAAGACGACGAUCAUAUGGCUCAAAUUAUUGAGCUCCUUGGCGAUUUUUCGAUGGAGGCGAAGAUGGGUGGCAAGUAUAGUCGUGAGUUGUUUGAUCAUACAGGUGCAUUACGAUAUAUCAGGUCUUUGAAACCAUGGCCAUUAAAGCGUGUUAUGGUGGAGAAAUACCUUUACACAGAUCAGGACGCCACGAUCCUGUGUGACUUCCUUGAGCCUAUGCUUGUCAUUGACAUGAAGCAGCGUAGUCAUGCCAGGGAUAUGAUAGACCAUCGGUGGUUAGAUGUUGUAGAGGGUGAUGAGGUUGCUGGGUCUUGGUGAGGGUUGCAAGGGAUUGCAUGUUAGGUUUAGAUUGGUUGCAUUCAUCAACGGUGUGCUUUAUCUUAUACUCUUAUCUUCUGUUCCUCUCGUUCUCUUAUUUCUUAAUUGUUAUAUGUGCUGCUUUUGGUGUUCGGAUAUCUCAUUACUCGUCUUUUUACCCUUCUCUUAUACCAUACCAUUCUAGACAAUAUUGCCCUUUACUGUUACUUUUUGUUUCUAUUGUGUAAGCCUUGGACUACCUUAUGUCUUUUUACUGGGUUGUGAGAGUUCCUUUAGUACGGCUUGUAACUAUCAUUCUAGUGCAGACUUGUAUCAUGCAGUCUCUAGAUCUGCCUUGUGAUUUGAAGCCGGAGAUAGAUGAAAGGCAGUAUUAUUUAAAUAAUGUUUAGGAAAUAUUGAUAGUGCCUCCUCCAGGUUAUCAUUCAAGUCAUAUCCGACUUAGGAU